UUCAGCCCGGCGACUUGUUGCGUGCUUCCGCGGCCAUCCUCUUCGCGUUUGGUAUGGUUUGGUGAUCAUCGACAACAUCACGGUCCUUGCCCACUUCCUUUUCACCCAGGCUGCGGCUCCGUCAAUCCGAGAUCAUCUUCAUCCCCACAAGGACUCUUCCGACGAUUGGAAGAAUCGGAAAGCUUCACAUAAACUUGACGACUUUUUGGUCAAGAUCGAGCACUCCAGCCAGGAUCCAUCAUGAAGACCAAUGGCUUCGCGCUUGUCGAUUGCCCGCUUCCUCUUCAUCGGGUUGCCUUCACAAGGUGUUCCUCAUUGGCCUUGUCCAAGAUGGCAUUGGCGCAAAGGACAAUUGGAGAUGGGAAUGGUGGACAUCAAAGAGGUCUCCAUCCAAGCUCCUUAGCAGUUGGCAAGGAAGUCGCGCUUUUCGAUGGCCACAGCUUCCUUCAUAGCACCAAGAAUGUCGAUGGGGCUGGGAGCACGAUCGAUGGACUUCAUUGCCUGGGCGCCAACACAGGCAGUUCUCCAUCCAUCACAAACUUGGAAGAAAGUCGACUUGCAGGUGCACAAGGAAGUUGGUGACGCUAGCUGAUUUCAAAGCAGGUCUCGAUGAAGGCCCUGAGCAGAGCGCGUGUAGCUGGCAAGCCAGAUCUCAAUGGAUGAUCAGCAAUGGGAAACCUAC